AUGGAUGGGGUCUCACCUCCAGCCACCCCAGUUGGGCUCUCGGCGUACGUGGUGGUGUCACAGCUGCUGGGCCUGACCUUGUUGGCCACCACUGGCGCUUGGCUCGGGCGCUACCGCGGCGGAGUGGCCUGGCACAGCCCCCUCCAGUUCAACGCUCACCCCCUCUGCAUGGUGCUGGGCAUGGUUUUCCUCCAAGGUGACGCUCUGCUGGUGUACAGGGUGUUCAGGCACGAGGCCAAGCGUUCCACCAAGGCUCUGCACGCUCUGCUCCACGCGCUGGCACUGCUCGUCGCCCUCGUGGGGAUCAUCGCUGUCUUCGAGUCCCACCGUGCCAAGGGCAUCCCCAACAUGUACAGCCUGCACUCCUGGUGUGGCAUGGCUGCCUUCGUGCUCUACCUCCUGCAGUGGCUCCUGGGCUGUGGUUUCUUCCUGCUCCCUGGUGCCUCCUUCUCGCUGCGCAGCCGGUACAAACCCCAGCACGUUUUCUUUGGCAUGGUCCUCUUCAUCCUGUCCAUCACCUCCUGCUUGCUGGGCAUCACCGAGAUGCUCCUCUUCAACAUCAGCAAUUCCUACAGCCACUUUGUGCCUGAGGGGGUCCUGGCCAACACCCUGGGGGUGCUGCUGGUGGCCUUUGGGCUGGUGGUGGGCUACGUGGUGACACGGGAGGAGUGGAAGCGACCACCCCUGGCCGAGGAGCUGGCCCUGUCCAUGGAUUUCAAGACCCUGACGGAGGGUGAGAGUCCCAGUGGAGGCAGCCAGUGA